AAAUGGUGAAAUUUUUAGUAGGAAAAGGAGCACGUCUACUUUCAGGGGAUACGGUUAAAAGCAGUGACCAACUAAUUUCUGAACAUGAAGAAGAAAUGAAACCUGAAAAUUCUUCACAGAAUCAUGAUCUAGUGGCUAAGAAGUCUGAAGAAGUCUCUUUAAGCAGUCGUACCCGCAAAGCUGAUACUGAUGAUUCAAGGCCUUCAAAACAUGAGGACUUAAGUUCUGGUACCAAGACUGUCCCGAAACUAAACUUAAGAAAGCAAAUGGCUGCUUUUCUGCGACCCAAGAAAGCAAAAUGUGGUCUUGUGAGCCAAGAAGAUAGACCUUUAUUUGCUGACAACAAUUUUGCAAGGGAAGAUAAGACUGAAACUCUCUGUAAACCAUCCGUCAAUGUCUCUGACUAUUCUCCUCUUGCUUUUGUAUCACCCGAAACUCCUCAAACGUCUUCAGCAAUGCUUGGUGUUACAAAGAGUAUUUCUGCAAGACUUCCAAAGAAAUCUGUUGAUUGUUUACCUGGAGCUGCAGAUCAACAAGGGCAAAGUAUAUUCAGUGAACAAGUAGAAGAUUCUCCUGGAAAAGAUCUUCUUCACUGGGAGUCUACCACUAAAGUGAAAGAUUCUGUUCCUAAUGAAGCAGUCGCAACGAGUGAUAAACAAACACCCAGAUCAGAUUUGUCAUCAGAACCAGACUUAGAAGUGGCAUCACAGCAAAAGCAAGAGCAAGAAAGGCCUGAUAAAAGUGAAAAUAACCACCCCCAGGAUAAAGUUAUUUUACAAACAUGUAUCCUGGCUGAAAAGACAUCUGAAAGCCAAACCAAUCAAAUUAACAUUCCACUUGUGCAACUGCAAAAUAUGGCUCGAGAACCAGAAAUGAAUAUGGAAUGUGAUAGACAGGGUGAUAGAUAUGUACAUUCAGAACAUCCUCGUGUGCACAAGAAGUAUGAGGAGAUACAGAUGAAACAAGGCAAAUUAGAUUGGAAAAAUAAUGUGAAACGCAUGAGCAGAGAGUUAAAGCAGAAGAUUGGUAAAACUUGUGAAAAGUACCAAAUUAUUACUCAUCCUAAGUUAGAACCACUACUUGGUAAUUCUAAAGAAGCAGACGUAAAGGAAAUACCUCCUAAUGUGACAAAAGUUACACUUGAUUGUGAGGAAAAAGAUGAAUUGGGAGUGUCUGUCUCUGUAGUACCUCAGGCCUUUCCUGAACAAAAAGAGCCUAGUCUCGAAAAUGCUAUUCUCUCUCAUUCAUACUCUGGGUCCCCAGACUAUGCUUGCCAGUCAUCUUCUAAGCUUUCUUCCCAUGAAAAUGAUAAACCAGGUGAGCAUGUUUUUAACAAAAAUGAGAGUCUUGAUAGCGAUCCAGAAAAUAAAAAACUAAGGAACCCACUAGUUACAUUUGAAGUGAAAGAAGACCAAGAGUUUGACAUGCAGAUGGCCAAAAGUUUGAACCAAAAUACCACCAAUAGUAAAUUAGACACUGGAUAUAUCCCUCCGUAUAGUGACCCAGAAAGCCUUUUUGAUUUGCGGCAUGCCCACUCCAAUGUGGUGAAACAAAUGAUUCAGAAGAAAAGGCAUGAUACUUCUGCUAUUACAAACACUUACAAGAAAACAAAACCAAUACAAGACUCUUUCCAGAAGCCAUUAGAUGCAGAUAAUGACAGUACUAAUAACUAUAAAAGUACGGAACCUGCAUUAGAAAAUGUGAGUUCUUCACCACGUCCUUUCAGAACAUCAAAAGUAUAUCAAAAAGAAGAAUUACAGCAAGAUAUGCAAAAUCUGCAAAGGUUUAAGAAUGAGAAAGGCAUGUUACAAGUAGAACUCCUGGCUUUGGAAAAAGAGAAAGUUGAACUUCAAAAAGAGACUGGAAAAGAAAGGAAGCAGCACACGAGUAAUAAAAUGGAAGGAGCAGAAAACAUAUAUGAUGCUGCUGCUGCUGCUGCUGCUGCUGCUCCUGCUCUUGGUACUGCUCUUGCUGUUGCUGCUGCUGCUGCUGCUGCUGCUGCUCCUGCUCCUGCUGCUGGACUAAUUCAACAAAGAAAGACUGGAAAAACUGAUAACCACCUGUUUCCUACUACGCAGAAUGAAGAUUCUGAUAGUAAUGAUCCUGGUUUGUCUAUCAUGGAAAUAAAGAAAGAUAAAAAUGUAAAGUGGGCAUCAAAAGCAUCUGUGAUUACACCAGGCUUUGAGGAGGCCGAUUCCCUAACUGGUAGUCUACUACGAGUGAGUAAUGACAACAGUCUAAGUAAAAUGGAUCAGGAUGAAAGAAGACCUGCAAAGAAAACAUCUAAGGAAAAGAACAAGGUCAAAAAGCAAGUGAAUUCUGCGGAGCAUCUUGAUGACGAGCAUCUUGAUGACUUAACUCAGUCAUCUGAAGCAGCUUCAGAGGAUUGCAAGUUGCAAUACUCUGAUUAUAAGAGUUCCCUGUUGCUCAUUGAACUUGGCAUGGAUUGUAAAGAUUCUGUUAGCGUAUUGACAAUCCAGAAUGCAAUUCUUAAAUACAAAAGAUCAAUAGAAUUAAAAAGAAAAGACUGUGAACAACUUACAAGAAAAAUUUUACAAGUGGAAUAUAAGGUCAAUGGACUAGAACAGUUGCUAUCAGAAACAAAAGAAAUGAAAUCUCAGUUAGAGCAUCAAAAAGUGGAAUGGGAACGAGAACUCUACAGUUUAAGAUUGACCUUAAAACAAGAAAAAGAAAAAAGAAGAAGUGCUGAAAUUUUAUAUAUAAAUAUUAAGGAGCAAUUAAGAAGUAAAGAAGAGCUGAGUGAAGUUUCUCCUCCUCAUGAAAAAGAAAAAGGUCUGUUACAUGAAAACCGCAUGUUGCAAGAUGAACUUGCCAUGCUAAGACUGGAAAUAGACACAAUAAGGAAUCAGAAGCAGGAAAAGAGGUAUUGUGAAGACACUGAAACUGAAAAAGAAAAGAAUGACAGUCUUCAAAACGCCAUAAAACUGAAUGAGGUAACAUUAACAAAUACAGUAUUCCAAUCUAGUGGGCAGCUGAAUGUUGUGACAACUGAGAAUACCAUGCUGAACUCUAAAUUGCAGGAUGAAAAGCUAAACAGAGAAAGACUGGAAGCAAAACUUCAAUCAUACCGAGCUAGACUCGCUACAGCUAUACAGGAUCGUGAUCAAAGUCAGGCAUCAAAAAGAGACCUAGAACUUGCUUUCCAGAGAGCAAAAGAUGAGUGGUGUCAUUUACAGGACAAAAUGAACUUUGAGAUGUCUAACCUAAAAGAUAACAAUGAGGUGCUUUCUCAGCAACUUUCUGAAGUCGAAAGUAAAUUUAAUGCCCUAGAAAUUGAGCUCCAGUAUACAAGAGAUGCUCUCAGAGAAAAGACGUUGGCUUUAGAACAUUUACAAAGAAACCCAAAACAAACACAGGGUCAGAAGAAGGAAAUUGAGCAGAAAUCUCAAAACGAACAAGGUAAAGUGAAUGAAUACAUGGGAAAGCAUGAAUCCUUAGAAGAGAAAUUAUCUCAACUACAAAGUGAAAAUAUGUUGCUCCGAGAGCAACUAGAUGAUGCCUACAGCAGAGUGGAAUGUAAAGAAAAGACUAUAAUUGAUCUCAAAGACCAGGAUUCAGGUUAUUGUAAGAAUGGUUCGAGUUGCAGGUGAAAAACGAGCUCUUCAACUGCGAGAAAGAAAUAAGGAGUUAAUCAAUAAAUGUAAACAGAUAAUGGAAAGAGCAUUUAGAUAUGAAGAUGAGAAAGAAGAAAGAGAACGACAAGAAGCAAAGGAGUUACAAACAAAGGUUGUAAGGCUUGAAGUUGAAAAUGCCGAGUUAAAAGUUACAGUCAAGGAGCAAGCAGGCCAAAUUGAACAGCUUCAGAAAGACCUGUUAAGUUCAAGUUCGGUAAGU